GGGGACACGCAGGUGGAGGUGUGCCAGGUGAGCCGCUGCUGCAGCCGCAGCACUGAGCUGCUGGCCGUGGACGCCGGCCUGCGGCCGCUCAGCCGCAAGUCUGUGGAGGGCGAGCUGACCGCGGGGGAGGAGGAGGCCCGGCCCCAUUCCGCCGUCAGCUGCUCCUCGCACGUCCUCCAGGCCCUGAGGGAGGACCAGGACGACCAGGAGGAAGAGGAGGAGGAGGAGGAGGAAGACCUGCCCCCCAGCGCCUCACAGUGCUCCCAUAGAAACGGCCCGACGCCGACCCCCCAAAUGGAGGAACCCCCCUGCCAAUGUCGGGCAGCCAGCUCCAGGUCCGGACCCCCAGAGGAGGAGGAAGAGGAAGAGGAGGAGGAGGAAGAGGAGGGUAAGAGGGCCGCUAGUGGGCUGUCGGGACCCAGCCGGCUCUCAGCCAGCAGCCGGAGGACCCCGGCGUCCAGCCUGUGCCCGAACUGUGGGGGGUGCAAAGGGGCGGCCAGCUCCAGGUCCAACAGCAGAGCCUCACGGAGGUCCGGGCACUCCCCCCGCCAUCCCGCCGGUUGCCCUGACGACGACGACGAGGCGGCGGCCUCCGAGGCUUCGGCCGCGUCCACUCUGUCCAACAAGACCAACCACAGCCAGUUUGGGCGCCAUUCCACCAGCAACCCGGAGCCCAGAGCGCCCAGUGUGGCAUCGGCCUGCAGCCACAGGUCCAACCGGUCGGUGAGGGAAAAGGGCGAGGAAAAUGGCGAGGAAAAGGGCGAGGAGGGGGGCGGAGCCACGCCGGACCCGUCCGCUAACAGGGAGGAGGCGGAGGGAGAGAUCGCCCCAGAAAGAGCCCUCAGCUCUCUGUCGCACAAAUCUGGAGCUUCUGCCAGGUCUCACAAGUCCAGCUGCAGCAAAGCUGAAGCCGAGGAGGACAAACGGGCAGCGUCCAGCCUCUCUGUGAAGUCCAACAACUCGGCCAAGUCUGGGAAGGCCGAAAGCGUCGCCUCGAACAAAACAACCAGGUCAAACGCUUCGGCCAAGUCUGGAGCCUCUCACAGGUCGGCCUGCAGCCACUGUGUGAAAGCAGCUUCUCCAGAGGGUCCCACCGAGGAGGGCGGGGCCAAUGAGGAGGAGCGGCGGGCGGAAAGCGCCAUGUCGGCAAAAUCCAAUCUGUCCCAAAAGUCUGCGAAGGCCUCUGAGAGGUCGCCUUCUCCGAGGUCAGAGGCCGGAGGAGAGAGAGCAAAGAGCCAAAUGUCCUCCAAGUCUUCGAAGGCUGGAAACGUGAGGGACGACGAGGAGAGGGCAGCCUCUGUGACGAGUUGCCAUGCCGACGCCGAGGCCGACAGGUCCCCGAGCGCCGCCUCUGGGAAAUCCACCAAGUCCACCAAGUCCAACCGGCCUGAGGAGGCCGCAGGAGAGAGAGCAAAGAGCCAAAUGUCGUCCAAGUCUUCAAAGUCUGGAAAUGUGAGGGACGACGAGGAGAGGGCAGCCAGUGUAGCGUCCUCUGUAAAGCGUUGCCAUGCCGACGCCGAGGCCGACAGGGCCCCGAGCGCCGCCUCUGGGAAGUCCACCAGAUCCACCAGGUCCACGAAGUCCAACCGGGCACCUCCACCUCCAAACCAGGACGAUGGAGGGAAGGAGGAGGAGGAGAAAGAGGCUCCAGUUGAGUCCAAUCCUACCAGGAAUCUCUCAAACCCAAACCUGGUCACGAUCAAAACGCCAGAAGGAGCCGACGAGGAGGGAAGCGAGGCCCCUGAGAAGCCUCAGACCCUCUCGCCAAAGAGAACGCCCUCCCCCAGGAGCCGCUCCCCCAAAGCCCAGCAGCUGCUGCCCGGGGGCGGGGAGCCCCGGGGGUCCAGCGCCCUGUCGGUCCGGUCCACGGCCUCCGGAAGGUCCCGAUGCAGCUGUGGAGCCGCACACAAAAAGGAGCCAGAAGGGACCAUCGAGGCCCCCUCCUCGCCCAAGAAACAGAGGAAGGAACCGGAGAAACCUCUGAGCAGGAACUCGUCCGGGUCCGUCUCCCUCGGGCUGCCGGAGGAGCAGGACGGGGCCGAGUCAGACAGCGGGAAGUCCCGCGUCUCCGUUAGCAACCAGGCCGAGGAGAAGGGCGGAGCCGGAGAGGAUCCGGUCUCCAAAACCCCCGCCGAGUCCUCUGGGGACAGAGCUCCGUCGGCUUUGUCUCAGAAGUCCAACGCCACCGGCAGGAAAAGCUCCCGCUCUCAGAACCCUCCAGCGGUCGAUAUUCCCACUAUUGAAACGCCCAAAGGAGGCGAGGAAGGAGGAGGGAAGCAAAGCUCGGAGAGGGCGGCCAGCGCCAUGACAGCCAAAAGCAGCAGGUCUCACAAGUCCAGCUGCAGCUGUGGCUCCAAAGCCGGAGCCCAGAAGCCCCCCGAGAGGAAGACAGAAGCCGAAACAGAGAGCCUGAAGUCCGCCUCCACAGCUAAAGCUGACACCCAGAACCAGAGGAGCUCCUCUGCCCUGUCAGGAGGUCCCACGGCUCGGAGCAAAUCCCCCGCGGGAGCCAGUGUUUCCGAACGUAGUGACGCCGGGAAAAGGGACAGAGAAAGGGAGCAGAUCACACACAAAGAGGCCCAGAGCGUCCACUGCUGCCUCCGGCCAGAGUCGGCCGCCUCCACUCAGUCAAAGACGAAGAAGGAGAAGAAGGAUUCGGCCAACGGGGAAGGAGGAAGAGGAAGUGUGGAAGGCAGCGUCAAAGCGUUGAGGAGAAAAGAAGCCUCCGACAAAUCCUCCACUCCCAAAGCGGAGGCGGUGAGCGAGAGCACGCUUUCCCACUCGCUGUCCGCCGCCGACCUGCUGAAGGAGAGCCUGGCGGCCGCAAAACAGCAGUCCAGAGGCAGCCAGAAGAGUGGAGGGUCCAAUCGGAGCCGGGCCCAGAAGGACCAGGAUGCGGAGCCAGAGCUGGAAAUGGAGAUGGAGCUGACCCCGGCCUGUUUGCCCAACGCCUCCCCCAGCGAGGUGGUCAGCGACUGGCUUAGGAGCAUCCCGACCGAUAGCAGCAUGCUGGAUCUGGGAGGAGAGCCCAACGAGGAGGAGGAGCCCAAAGAGGAGGAGGAGGAGGAGAUAACCAAGGAGGAGGAGCCCCCAGAGGAGGAGAAAGUGGACCGGGAGGAGGAGAAUGGGGAGAAUGGGUUAGGGGAGGAGGUGGGGAAAGAGGAGGAGGCUAAAUGUGAGGAGGCGGAGGAGAAGAGGAGCUCACGUCCGGUUCUGGGGGACGCGACCGGAUCGUCUCUGUCCAAGAACUGGCACUGCUCCGCCGCCGUGAUGAAGGUGCUGCUGAGCUCCUCCCUGGGCCGGUGCCGGAGCGUCCCCGAGGUGUCCCCGGUGUACGGGCGGCGGCUGAGCACCUCGGCGCGGGGGCUGCUGGACUGCCUGGCCCAGCUGCAGCUCAUCGAGCCGGCGGGCGGAGACAGCCCGCACAACAAGGACCGCAAGCAGCAGUACGACGAGAUCAUGGCCAUCCUGCAGUCGCUGUGGCUCACCGAGCCCCGGGACCUCACCGGGGUCACGCAGGCCAAGGAGGCCAAGGAGGUAAAGGAGGCUAAAGAUGGAGGCCUGGACCAGGUGACGCCCCCCAGGUCUUCGUCGGGCGUCGGAAUGAGCAGCGGAUCGGGCGGAUCGGGGAAAGAUAACGGGACCCCGGGGGGAGACGAAACACCGGCCAAAGAGGCUGAGCUGGUGCUGGAGGAGGAGCCAGAGAAGACCACAGAAGAAGAAGAAGAAGAGGAGGGGGAUGUAAAGGCCACAGAAGAAGAAGAACAAGAGGAGGAGGAGCCAGCGAAAGCCACAGAAGAAGAAGAAGAGGAGGAGCUGGGGAAGGCUGUAGAAGAAGAAGAAUACGGAGUUGUAAAUGGUACAGAAGAAGAAGAAGAAGAAGGGGUUGUAAAAGGUACAGAAGAAGAAGAAGAAGAGGGGGUUGUAAAAGGUACAGAAGAAGAAGAAGAAGAGGGGGCUGAAACGGGUACAGAAGAAGAAAAAGACAAAGUUGUAAAUGGUACAGGAGAAGAAGAAGAAGAAGAUGGUUCUGCAAAGGCCACAGAGGAAGAAGACACAGCCUCCAAACCAGAGGAACCAGUUCCCCAAACUCCCGACACCCCGAAAACCCCUGAAAACCCGUCCUCCUCCUCCGACAAAAGCUCCACCAACGCCAGCUCCAAAUCCGCCACGGACAACGAGCGGGAGACGCCCGGCGACUCUCCGUCGGACGACCCGUUGGCGGCGGCGGCCAUUUUGCCGCGGGCGCCGCUGUCCAAACGCCUGUCCCAGGACCCGGACCCGGUGUGGGUUCUGCACCUGCUGAGGAAGCUGGAGAAGCAGUUCAUGAGCCACUACGCGGACGCCAUGUCGGAGUUCAAGGUGCGCUGGGACCUGGACGACAGCGCGGUGCUGGACGCCAUGAUGGCGGAGCUGCGGCUGGAGGUCAGCCGCCGCAUCCAGAGCAGCGUGGAGCGCGAGAUGAGGAAGAUCCAGAGCCGCGCCGGGAGGGCCGGCCGCCCGCCGCGCCCGCCGCCGCUCGCCAGCAUCUCCCGGGAAUCCAGCAUGACGGAGAAGAGGCGCCGCCUGCUCAAGGUGAUGAAGAACCAGUCGGUGAAGACGGCGGACUCCCUGAGCGACGAGGACACGGCGGGCGAGUUCAGCGACCAGCGCAGCGAGGACGAGUACUGCCCCUGCGACGCCUGCGUCCGCAAGAAAAUGGAGGCCCGGCCUUUUAAGAGGAACCCGCUGGCCGCCGAGGCGCCCCUGAUGAUGGAGUUCGACCUCCUGAAGAUCCUCCAGCUGAAGAAGAGCCCCUUCCCCUCGCCGGCGCCCGCGGUCGCCAUGGCGACGGCGGCGGCGGGCGGCAGCGGGACGGACGACGAGGGCCGUAACCUGGAGAUAUUAGAGGAGGAAGAGGAGGACGAAACCAAGGAGGAUAUCAAAGCCGAUAUGGUUUUAGAGGAGACGAUUCCAGAGGAGGAGGAGGAGGAGGAGGAGGAGGAAGAGGAGGGAGGAUGCACGUGUCAGACGGAGGAAAACACCAACGAAGAAGAAGAAGGAGAGGAAACGAGCAGCCAGGGAGGAGAGGAGAGUGAUAAGGAGACGGUGAAGGAGGCGGGAGCAAGUGAGGAAGAGGAGGAGGAGUCUGGGGAGGUGGAGGGAAGCGCCUCAGCAGAGGAUGAAGAGGAGUCACAUGAGGAAGAGCGAGCCUCCUCACAGAGCCAGAACGCGUCUCCGGCCGUGUGUGUGACCGAGGGAGAGGAGGCCGACGCCGAAGACUCAGAUGAAAGCAAACGGCGGGGGGAAACCAGUCCGGAGGCAGGAGGAGGGGAGGAGGAAGAGGAGGAGAAGGAGGGGAGGAAGGAGGACGGAGCCCUGCUCCACCAGUUCACCAGGACCUCGGUGGAGUCCCAGCCCGGAUCCAUGGAGGAGGUCCAGCCCCCGGAGCCCGUGGGGGGGGCCAAAACGGCCGGGGGGGGGGGGGUCAGCGCGCCAGAAGAGGAGCUCUAA